UGCCUAAAAACGGGAAAAACUCAUUUUCUCGAUAACUGAAAAUCCCAAUAAUAUGAAAUUAACAAAGCUGAUCUCUGUUCUUUUUCUGGUCGCUCUGAUUGCCAUCCAAUCGAAGGCGGCGGCGUUGGGGAUUGAGCCUCAGUCUUCAUCGAAACAAGCUUACGUGACGUUGCUUUUCGGGGACGAGUACGUUCUCGGGGCGAGGGUUUUAGGCAAAUCGAUAAGGGACACCGGAACAACUAAAGACAUGGUGGCUUUGGUCACAAAUGGCGUCUCUGAUUAUUCCAAGGAGCUUCUUAAGGCUGAUGGGUGGAUAGUGGAGCCGACGAGUUUAUUGAAAAAUCCAAAUCAAGCUCGGGCAAAGAGAUAUUGGGGUGUUUACACCAAGUUGAAAAUAUAUAAUAUGACUACCUACAACAAAGUUGUGUAUCUUGACGCGGAUACCAUAGUAGUCAAAAACAUUGAAGAGGUGUUUAAAUGCCAGAAAUUCUGUGCGAAUUUGAAGCAUUCCGAGAGGAUGAAUGCAGGAGUCCUGGUAGUUGAACCGUCGGAUGCGGUUUUCAAGGACAUGCUGAGCAAAGUCGAUACUUUGUAUUCUUACACCGGAGGGGAUCAGGGUUUUCUUACUUCUUAUUACUCUAAUUUCCCGAAUGCUCAACUUUUCGACCCUAAUAUACCCGAGGAGGUAAUGAAAUCCCGUCCUGCACCCCAGAUGGAGCGACUCUCUAUUCUAUACAAUGCAGAUGCUGGUCUCUCCUUCAUUAACAACAAGUGGAAGGUAGAUAAGAGUGAUUUUCGUGUAAUUCACUAUACGAUUGGCCCCUUUAAACCCUGGGAUUGGUGGACAUAUUGGCUCAUGGAACCGGUUGGUGUCUGGCAGAAUAUUAGGGAACAGCUUGAUGAAUCCCUUCCUGGAACUGGAGGGGGCAAAAAUCCUAAUGAUGAGCUUAGAGUCAAAUUCCUUUCCCUCUUUCCUGUCUGCGCUUUACUUUUUUGUUUCUAUCGUGCCUUCCGUCAGAUUGGGGGCUUGCAUUUCAAAACUUCAUUGUUCAAUAAGAUCAGACACCUUUACCAUAUACUGGGGUCGAGUGGAACCGUUGCUUACACUAGUGUUUCUUCAUCUACCACCACCAACCCCAACAGUGAAGUGCCUGCGUACUUGAGUGCAGUUUCAGUUUUCGUAUGUUUAACCUCUUUCGUGGUGUCCCUCGCAAUUUCAAUUUCGAUCGUGCCUCGGCAAGUGACGCCGUGGACUGGUUUGCUCUUGACGUAUGAGUUGACGUUCACAAUCUUCUUUCUUCUGUUCGGAGCUUUUCUUCAUUUGGUUUAUCAGUGGGGGAAAACAGCAAACCAAUCGGGACCAAUUGCUUCUCGCACAGAUUCUUUCGAUUAUGAUUCAAGAAAAGGUUAUCAACGACAGGCAUCCUCCUGUGAUAUUGUUACUUGGUCUUAUGGGUUGGGAAUGGUUUUGUUGUCUGUUGCAGUCCCAUCAGUACCAUACAUAUUCGGGAUCACUGAUCGAUUAUGGAUGUUGGCUCUCAUGGUUGUUGAAGGGAUUGUAUUAGCGUCGUUCAUGACAUACGCGUCAGACCGUCUAGCAGUCAGGUCAUUCUUCGAAGGCCUUGAAGACCGGAACACCACUAGGUCGAGGACCGCCUGCUUCUUAUGUUGAAACAAGACUUCAAAAUGCCCGUAUUACUUGGUGUUCUGUCUUUAAUUACAUUUACUUGCGACAGUUUUUAUUUAUUAGUAUUAUUUUGGGUUCAAGUGUACAUACAC